AUGGCGAGCUGGGAACCCCCGCCCUCGGCCGACGUAUCUGUUGGAUGGUUGACACUGGUGUAUGAACUCCAGUACAGGAGAAGGAACAGCUCACACUGGAAAGUGGUGAGUCACACACAGACGCACUCACACACACACCCUGACUGCACUUCCGGCCUAUUACCAGCCUCUGCAGUUAUGAUCGGGCCGUAGCGGAAGCCAGAGCUAGACCACACUGACACUCUUUCAGCCCCAUAACAAGAAGAGAAAUCCUGUUGUUGACUGCCUCAAUCAACGACAGUGCCAAGUUUGUGUUUGUGGCAUAGAAGAUUGUUUAUAGAAUAACAUUUACUUUAAUGUAUAAGAGGGAGACAUAAACCUUUUAUUUUGACAUUUCAUAGCUUUAGAUCAUAUUCCUCUCUUACAAAAGUGUUUGCCCAUGUCUCCCUCUCCCCCCUUCCCCUCUGUCUCCCUCUCUCUCUCAGUUGGAACAUGAGUUUGGCACCCAGAAGUCAAUCUACGGACUUAGUACAGGAGAGGAGUAUGAGUUGCGCGUGCACUGCGCAAUGAGGGCCUUCAAUAAAUUUGGGGAGUUCAGUGAUGCCAUCUUUGUUCACGUAUCAGAGAAUCCCAGUAAAGGUGAGAGGUCAGGUUGGGGUCAGGGUGGCUCGGGUUAGGGCAGAGAGGAGGGGCAGUGUUGUCUACACAAAAAACAAACAUGGCAUCCAUCUUGUGCAAGGAAGACACUUAAUCAGGGAUAGGGUAGGAUUACCACAUAAUGCUAAUUGUUAAAUGAUUGUUAUUUAUUGAUUUGAUGAUGAUGAUGAUGAUCCUGUUCUAGAGUCCACAUUCACUGUGACUCUGGUCCUGAUCUUCGGGGCUGUGGGCCUGGCCAUUCUGCUCAUGCUCAUCAUCUUCUCUCAGCAGCAGAGGUGAGGACAAACAAACAAACACACACACACACACGCACCCACACUUCCGUCAUCUUCAUCUCCUCUCUCCCUCUUCCUCUCAGACUGAUGGUGAUUCUGCUGCCUCCUGUCCCUGCACCCAAAAUCAAAGGGAUAGACCCAGAACUGCUCAAGGUAAGACUAAAAACACUGCGUGCAUGCAUGCGUGUGUGUGUGCGUGCAUUUGUCUUGUGAGUAGGUUUGAUCAAGUACACUAUAUAUACAAAGGUAUGUGGACACCCCUCCAAAUUAGUGGAUUCGGCUAUUUCAGCCACACCCGUUGCUGAAAGAUGUAUAAAAUCGAGCACACAGCCAUGCAAUCUCCAUAGACAAACAUUGGUAGUAGAAUGGCCUUACUGAAGAGCUCAGUGACUUUCAACGUGGCACCGUCAUAGGAUGCCACCUUUCCAACAAGUCAGUUUGUAAAAUGUCUGCCCUGCUAGAGCUUCCCCGGUCAACUGUAAUUGCUGUUAUUGUGAAGUGGAAACAUCUAGGAGCAUCAACGGCUCAGCCGCGAAGUGGUAGGCCACACAAGCUCACAGAAUGGGACCGGCGAGUGCUGAAGCGCAUAGCGAGUAAAAAUCGUCUUUCCUCGGUUGCAACACUCACUACCGAGUUCCAAACUGCCUCUGGAAGCAACGUCAGCACAAGAACUGUUCGUCGGGAGGUUCAUGAAAUGGGUUUCCAUGGCCGAGAAGCUGCACAUAAGCCUAAAAUCACCAUGCGCAAUGCCAAGCGUUGACUAGAGUGGUGUAAAGCUCGCCACCAUUGGACUCAGGAGCAGUGGAAACGCGUUCUCUGGAGUGAUGAAUCCAACGGACGAAUCUGGGUUUGGCAGAUGCCAGGAGAACGCUACCUGCCCCAAUGCAUAGUGCCAACUGUAAAGUUUGGUGGAGGAGGAAUAAUGGUCUGGGGCUGUUUUUCAUGGUUCGGGCUAGGCUCCUUAGUUCCAGUGAAGGGAUAUCUUAACGCUACAGCAUACAAUGACAUUCUAGACGAUUCUGUGCUUCCAAUUUUGUGGCAACAGUUUGGGGAAGGCCCUUUCCUGUUUUCAGCAUGACAAUGCCCCCGGGAACAAAGCGAGGUCCAUACAGAAAUGGUUUGUCAAGAUUGGUGUGGAAGAACUUGAUUGGCCUGCAUAGAACCCUGACUUCAACCCCAUCAACACCUUUAGGAUGAAUUGGAAUGCCGACUGCGAGCCUGGCCUAAUCGCCCAACAUCAGUGCCCGACCUCACUAAUGCUCUUGAGGCUGAAUGGAAGCAAGUCCCCGCAGCAAUGUUCCAACAUCUAGUGGAAAGCCUUCCCAGAAGAGUGGAGGCUGUUAUAGCAUCAAAGUGGGGACCAAAUCCAUAUUAAUGCCCGUGAUUUUGGAAUGAGAUGUUCGACGAGCAGAUGUCCACAUACUUUUGGUCAUGUAGUGCAUUUAGUAUGUGAAAACAAGUGUAAAUUGUUAUGGCUCAGACAGAGCGCAAUUCAGAUGAUUAUUAAUUAAGAUCUCAGUCUCUUGUCUAAGUGUCCCUAUGAACAGUAAGUAACACAUUGUAAUAUGCUGGGAAUUGACAUGACCAGGGCAUGCUCAAAGAAAUAGAAUGUUGAUUCUAUUUCUAUGGGCAUGCUAUACUAAUACAAUAGGCUUUGUGGGUAAAAAUUAGGGCUUGGCAAUGAAAGGUUGUAAAAGGUGCUUGAAGCACUUGAAGUACUUGAAUUCAGAGCUUAGACAUGUAAGUACUUCUGUCUCAAACCCUCCUCACAAACACUCUCUGCCUCUAUCUCUCUGUCACACCCAUGCCGCAUCCAGAAGGGAAAGCUGGAUGAGCUGAACUUCCUCCUGAGUGUUGGUGGUAUGGGGGGUCUCCACCCCUACCCCCCUGACCUUUACCAGGACGAGUCCUGGGUGGAGUUCAUCGAGCUGGACGCAGACGAGCCUGAGCCUGGGGAGAAGGAGGACAACCAGAGCUCGGACACACAGAGACUGCUGGGCCUGGGUCAAAACAACCACCACACAAACCAUGGCUGCUCUCAUGCCCUCAGGUAUGGAUAGGUUUGCAAAACUACUGGUCAUUUACCAAAGUUACCGGAAUAAUCUAUGGUAAUUUUGGUAAUUUAUACUUUUUUUUAAAAGUAUUCAUAUAUACAGUAGUAUUAAUUUUGUCAUAUUGCCCAUGAGUUUCUAGUGGAUAUACCAUAUGGUUUAAGAGAAAAUAGCCAAAUUAAUGAAAAAAGCGUCUAAUCAACAAUGGCAUUAUUUUCAAUUAACUGUGCAACUCUUCCAACUAUUAACUUUUUUCACAACUGCCAACAGUUUGGCAGCAAAACAUUUACAACAAAGACAUAUUGACAAAGUAAAAUAAAUAAAAGUGUGUAAAAAUAAAAAAUCAUAUUUAAUGCUGAAACCAGAUUGCGAAUUACACCGUGACAUUCGCAGGGGUCUCUUUUGGGUGCGCGCUUGCAUGAUUUUUUUUUUAUGGGCCUAAUAAUAAAGACGGAAUUUAAAGGUAAAAAUGUGUUACCUUUUAAUGUGGCAUGAACACAACCAGUCAUAAUGUUUUCAUCUGAUUGUCAAACAAAUCACUUCAAAAAGUAGGCUAACUGUGCAUGUUUGUCCACUCCAAAAUAAUUCCAGCAUCCAUACAAUGCACUGCAUCUAUAUAAUCGGCCUACAUAAGUUGAAUCAAAACAUGUUUAGACCCUAGUUCAUGAGUUGUCCAUAAUUCAUGAAUUCAUAAUCAAUGGCAAUCGCAGAAUGUCAUUAGGCACACUUUUUGGUGUUUUGUAAACAGAUGUAUUUUUCCGUUCAUCAAAUGGCGCGAGUGUACAUGCAGUGCACUGUUUGGAUGCUGGAAUUAUUUUGGAGUCAAGAAACAUGCACAGGUAGCCUACUUUCUGAAGUGAUUUGGUAGACAAUCAGAUGACAACAUCAUGACUGGUUGUGUUCAUUCCACAUUAAAAUAUAAUUCAUGUUUAGGCCUACAUUAAAGCUGCAAUAUGUAACUUUUUGGGCGACCCAACCAAAUUGACAUAGAAAUGUGUGUUAUAGACCUGUCAUUCUCAUUGAAUGCAAGUCUAAGAAGCAGUAGAUCUGUUCAAUGUGCGGUAUUUCUAUGCUUCCCGUUCUUAAGUUUCAUUUUUGCAUCUUUUACUUUCAGUUUUGUACACCAGCUUCAAACAGCUGAAAAUACAAUAUUUUUGGUUAUGGAAAAUAUAUUUCACAGCGGUUUAGAUGGUACAAUGAUACUUUACAUUAUUCUUGCUUGUUUUGUCAGAUAAACUGAAAUUAGGCGAACUAUUAGAAUUUUAGAAACCAGAAAAUGGCGGAGCGAUUUCUGCAUAGUGCAUCUUUAAUUUAACUGACAAAUUGACCUACAGUGGGGGAAAAAAGUAUUUAGUCAGCCACCAAUUGUGCAAGUUCUCCCACUUAAAAAGAUGAGAGAGGCCUGUAAUUUUCAUCAUAGGUACACGUCAACUAUGACAGAUAAAUUGAGAAAAAAGAAUCCAGAAAAUCACAUUGUAGGAUUUUUAAUGAAUUUAUUUGCUAAUUAUGGUGGAAAAUAAGUAUUUGGUCAAUAACAAAAGUUUAUCAAUACUUUGUUAUAUAGCCUUUGUUGGCAAUGACACAGGUCAAACGUUUUCUGUAAGUCUUCACAAGGUUUUCACACACUGUUGCUGGUAUUUUGGCCCAUUCCUCCAUGCAGAUCUCCUCUAGAGCAGUGAUGUUUUGGGGCUGUCGCUGGGCAACACGGACUUUCAACUCCCUCCAAAGAUUUUCUAUGGGGUUGAGAUCUGGAGACUGGCUAGGCCACUCCAGGACCUUGAAAUGCUUCUUACGAAGCCACUCCUUCGUUGCCCGGGCGGUGUGUUUGGGAUCAUUGUCAUACUGAAAGACCCAGCCACGUUUCAUCUUCAAUACCCUUGCUGAUGGAAGGAGGUUUUCACUCAAAAUCUCACGAUACAUGGCCCCAUUCAUUCUUUCCUUUACACAGAUCUUUUGUCCUGGUCCCUUUGCAGAAAAACAACCCCAAAGCAUGAUGUUUCCACCCCCAUGCUUCACAGUAGGUAUGGUGUUCUUUGGAUGCAACUCAGCAUUCUUUGUCCUCCAAACACGACGAGUUGAGUUUUUACCAAAAAGUUCUAUUUUGGUUUCAUCUGACCAUAUGACAUUCUCCCAAUCCUCUCUUCUGGAUCAUCCAAAUGCACUCUAGCAAAGUUCAGACGGGCCUGGACAUGUACUGGCGUAAGCAGGGGGACACGUCUGGCACUGCAGGAUUUGAGUCCCUGGCGGCGUAGUGUGUUACUGAUGGUAGACUUUGUUACUUUGGUCCCAGCUCUCUGCAGGUCAUUCACUAGGUCCCCCCGUGUGGUUCUGGGAUUUUUGCUCACCGUUCUUGUGAUCAUUUUGACCCCACGGGGUGAGAUCUUGCGUGGAGCCCCAGAUCGAGGGAGAUUAUCAGUGGUCUUGUAUGUCUUCCAUUUCCUAAUAAUUGCUCCCACAGUUGAUUUCUUCAAACCAAGCUGCUUACCUAUUGCAGAUUCAGUCUUCCCAGCCUGGUGCAGGUCUACAAUUUUGUUUCUGGUGUCCUUUGACAGCUCUCUGGUCUUGGCCAUAGUGGAGUUUGGAGUGUGACUGUUUGAGGUUGUGGACAGGUGUCUUUUAUACUGAUAACAAGUUCAAACAGGUGCCAUUAAUACAGGUAACGAGUGGAGGACAGAGGAGCCUCUUAAAGAAGAAGUUACAGGUCUGUGAGAGCCAGAAAUCUUGCUUGUUUGUAGGUGACCAAAUACUUAUUUUCCACCAUAAUUUGCAAAUAAAUUCAUUAAAAAUCCUACAAUGUGAUUUUCGGGAAAUGUUUUUCUCAUUUUGUCUGUCAUAGUUGACGUGUACCUAUGAUGAAAAUUACAGGCCUCUCUCAUCUUUUUAAGUGGGAGAACUUGCACAAUUGGUGGCUGACUAAAUACUUUUUUCCCCCCACUGUAUUUUGUAGCCUGAAAAAUCGGGACACCUGAAAUGCGGCUGAAACUGUCCGAGGAAAAACGGGAUGGUCACCCAAACAGACAUGGUCAAUUUACUGGACUAGGCUACAAUGUGUAUUACCAUGAACUUCAAACAGGCCUACCGGUAGUCAGUGAUGUAGUGGUAAAAAAUAGGGGGGUAAUCACUGAUUGCCAGUCGUGGUGAAAAAGGUAACGCUCCCUAUACUUUCAAUGCAUUUUCCUGAAAAAAGUGGGUAAAUGGCAUUUACUUGCGUUUACUCACCACUAGGCCUACACCACUGCUGGUAGCCUACCCUCUUAGUCGAGGCAAUUUUACACACAUGAACACAUACAGAACAUGUAGCCGACAUUCAAUAUAAUAGGCCUGAAUGAAAACAUGUUUACACACUAGUUCAUUAGUUGUUCAUAAUUCAUGAGUUGAAUGCUUGGAGUCUUCACAGAUCGUGUGACACAAAACGCUAUCUUUCUUUCCUUUCAUGAAUUACAUUUAUUACAGUGUUAUUUGUCAUUAUUAAGCAUUUAACAAUUGAAUUUGAGUAUUGAACAUUAAACCCUGUAUGAUUCCUGGAUUUUGGAGAUCUCGGAAAGUGCACUAAGUCUAUCUAUGCCUAUGUAACAUUUCAUUAGGUUUCGCCGUGAAAACAGUUUUUAUGGGCACACAAAUCCAAAAUAAUGUAGGCCAAUGCCAUUGCAAAAUCGAAUGCUUCUAACUGAAAGAGUCAACUAUAGGCCUACUGUCAUUAAUGUAUACUUGUUAGAUGGAUUGGAUGAGCAUUGGUGUCUAGCUGUAGGCUAGUUGUCUAGGGAUAUUGUCGGCCAUCAUCAGAUGAUCCAAGAAAGAAAACAAAUAUUGAUAGAAAAUAAUCAAGCUAAAUGGCCUACUUUCUUUGGCCAAGGACUGCACAGAGAACACCAAUACCGUGCGCACCUGAAAAACAAAGCAAUGAACACUCUAAACAGCUCACUGACAAAAGCAAACAAUGAUAAAUGAAUGAAUAAAUCUAAUGCAUUGGAAUAAAGGCCAUUUUUAUUAAGGAUGCAUGGCAAACAAAUGGCGAAAAAGUACAAAGGAAAAUCUAUGCAUUUAAAGGAGCUCAUCUGAGGCCGAAAUGCAGCACUACUGAGUGGACAGCGCCGCUGUCUAGCCAGAUAUAGAAUUCUACACUACUAUUCAUGGACAGGGAGACAGACGGUUUGUGCAGCCAUGUAGAAAUAAAUGGUUUAAACCAUGACAGAGAGGUGGGGGUGUUCGUUUCAUUUGGAAGCUUCUAUUUUCAUAUUUACCACUGUAAAACAUAUUUACCACUGCAUUUUAAACAAAUAGAAGAAUGGUUAAAUUAUAAUGAUUUAGAGACCCCUCCCAAAGUUGGACUUUUGUUGCAUUUAGGCGAGCUAAUGUCUCAUUCAGGGGAGUUGAUCCCCCGUAAUUCGCACCCUGGCUGAAACCCUCAUAUUGAACACCAAUGGUAUUCACUAAGUUGAUGGUUUAUAUUUAGGAUAAUGUUUUACAGCUUUUUCAUUCUAUUUGUUGUUUUACUAUCAUUAUAUUUGAUUAUUUUAUAUAUUUUACAUGUGAUAAGG